AUGGACACGUCGCAGACUGUAUCCGGGGUCAGUCGCCCUGAGACCAAGCAAGGCAAGGAUGAAAAGAAAAGCAAUGUGCAAGCGUUCAUCGAUGCGGCUCCCGCAUCUGAAGAGGGCUUUUCCCGGCCCAAAUCGUCGAGACUAUCUGUCGUUCUCAUGAUCAUCUUCUCCGGCCUAGCGAUAGGCUCGGAUGGCUUCAAUGCAUCGAUCAUUGGUAAUCUGGAGCUCAUCAUGGAAGUCAUCUAUCCCGACGCCCUCACUACGGCUGUGGCAUCACGGUUGUCCAAUGCCUUCAUGGUGGGAAUGAUCAUCGGGAUGCUAUCUUUUGGCUAUGUUUCAGACAAACUUGGUCGCAAAACGGGCGCUGUUCUGACAACAGCUAUUCUAGUUCUGGGAAUCGCUUUGAGUGCUGGGGCUAGUGGGACGAGUCAGGAUGGUAUGCUGUGGAUGCUGAUUAUUGCUCGAGGAAUUGCUGGGGUGGGUGCUGGAGGGGAAUACCCCGUGGCAGGCGCCGGUGUAGCAGAAGCAACGGAUGAAGAAUCCGCCGUCCGGAGCAAGCGAGGCUUCAUUUUUGCCAUGAUCGCCGACUUAUCAGCAUCCUUGGGAUUCGCAUUUGGGGCCUUGGUCCCGUUGCUUUUGCUGCUCUGUUUCCAUCAGCAGGUCCGUCACUACAACGCUGUUUGGCGCAUCUCGUUGGCACUGGGAGCCAUUCCACCGCUGUCGAUCUUCUGGUUUCGCUAUCGCAUGGCCGUUAGCUCGGCGUACAAGAAAAGCGCCAUGGUUGAGCAACGGAUUCCCUAUCGGCUGGCUCUCCGCAGAUACUGGCGACCCUUGCUUGGGGUGUGCGGAUCGUGGUUUCUGUACAACUAUAUCUCCUACCCCUUCGGCCUCUUUUCGUCCACGAUCGUCGGACGCGUGAACCCAACCUCUUCUCUGGCCUUGACUAUGGCCUGGGGAACACUGAUCAACUGCUUCUACAUCCCCGGAGCCUUCAUCGGUGGGUACUUGUCGGACAGAAUCGGUCGCCGACGAACCAUGGCACUCGGCUUCCUCCUCCAAGCCAUCCUCGGCUUCGUCCUCGGCGGCGCAUUGAAAUACAUCGAGAGCUCUCUGCCCCUGUUCAUUGUCCUUUACGGUGUCUUCCUCACGCUGGGGGAGGUCGGGCCCGGAUCUACCAUUGUCCUGACUGCCAGUGAGAGUUUCCCCACCGCGCUGCGCGGUCACGGGGUCGGACUCGCUGCUGCGUGGAGCAAAGCCGGCGCGGCGAUCGGGACGCAGGUCUUCAAGCCGAUUCUGGCUAGUUGGGGAGACGAUGAGUUUCAUGGCACUCAGGCGGUUUUUCUUAUUGGCUCGGGGUUCGCGGUUGUCGGCGCCUUGCUGGCUUGGUUUGUUCUCGAGGAUCGGAGUGCUGAGCUUGAUAAUGGUGAUCAGGAGUGGAAGGAUCAUCUGGCUGCUAAUGGGUAUCGGGAUGUGCGGUGGGGAGUUUCGGAUGGGGUUGAUGAUGGUGCUGAGUCGAAGGUUGUUGUUUAA